AACAUAGUAAAUGAUAUCUCUCUUUGUGCGUAACGGUGCUCGUGCUCUCUCUGCGGUACGUGCUGUUGGUGUUACAACUGUGCAACGAUCGCUCUUUACAAAUCCUUUCAAAUCGGAAACAGAGGUAGAUGAGGCAAACUGCCCGAAAGCAAAAGCUUUUGAUGAUCUUAUGGAUAAAAAGGAGCAAGAGAAGAAGGCAAAACCAGUGCCUAAGAAUCUGAAGGGAGAUGAUUAUCCCUUCGAGUUGGAAGAAGAGGACUAUGUUGAAAUGAUUGAUCCUAAAACGGGAGAGUGGAAUCCCCCACGAGGAGUUUUUAACAAUGCCGAACCUACUCGCUACGGAGAUUGGGAGAUUAAGGGACGUUGUUAUGACUUUUAAAUUCGC